AUGAACAACAGACGUCCUGGUACUCGAUCUUCCUGUGAUUUACUUCUCGAUAGUACAAUGGUGAAACACCAAUCUGACCUUCAUCAUCACUAUCAUCAACAUCAGAGCGAUUCAUCACGAUCACCAUCGAUUUGUUCGUCCUCGCUUUCGCCGAAAACUUCGUCAUCGGCGGUGAUAAGUGCAAAUACGAAUACGUCAACGGUUGCUGCUGUGCCAGGCGAAGCAGGCUCGAACAAUCUAACUGAUAUCGAUCCACAACUAGCUCAACAUGUCGAAUAUGAACUCGGUCUAACGAAGAAAAACGGAAGUGGAACACGAAAAAAUGCAUGGGGGAAUCUAAGUUAUGCCGAACUAAUUAGUAAAGCAAUUACGACCAGCAGUGAGCAGCGUUUGACUCUGUCAGAAAUCUAUGAUUGGAUGAUCAAAUAUGUUCCAUUCUUUCGUAAUAAAGUCGAUAGAGCUAGCAGUGCUGGCUGGAAGCACUUCUUCUUCUCCUCUCGACAGAACUCCAUCCGUCAUAAUUUAUCGUUACAUAAUCGAUUCAAACGUAUACAAAGUGAAGGCACAGGGAAAUCAUCCUGGUGGAUAAUUAAUCCGGAUGAAAAAAAUUCGUCCUUAACUUUGUCUAAUGAUACAUUAUCAUCAUCCAAUGAAUCUAAACAACCGCGACGCCGUUUAGGUCGGACUCCUAAAGCAUCGUCAGCAGCUCCUAAACGGCUUCGUACGCCUCGUACAAUUCUAAAAUCUGCUCGUAUAUUAGCCACAGCCGAACGACAACUAGAAUCAACGCCACAACAGAUUCCACUUUCUGAUAUAUCAUCCGUACCUCUCUACGAUAAUCAUCAAUGGUCAGCACAACUAGACUCGGAUACGCCAGUUAAUCAUCUGUACGAUCAAGAUCUCUAUUCAACAUCCGUUCAUACACCUAUUACGAGCAGUAAUUCAACCGGUGGAAUUCAGUCGACAUAUCCAUUCGAUGAUAUACCAACCAAUUAUGUAUCUAAUACAUCUUCGAAUCCUAAUCAUACCAGUGCUUACUCGUACCAGCCACAUCAUUAUCAUCAUCAUCAUCAUCAUCCGCAUCAUCACCAUCAGUCACAUACGCUCUACCAGCAUCAUCAUGAUUCAACUUAUGAUCCGAAUCCAUCGCAUGACUACUAUCAUCAACAACCGGUGCUGAACGAUCAUCAUCUUCUUUCAAUGGAUUCCUAUCAUACUCACAAUGGGCUAACAUAUCCACUGCAACAACAGAGCCAACCAUUAGACUCAGCUGAUGAUCAACAUUCGUUCUUACGCGUUCAUUCGACAUCAUCGCAUUCAUCUUCUUCGUCACUUUCACCACCUAUUCUAACGACAAAUAAUAAUAAUUUGGCAUCUUCGUCGUCAUCCGCUUCAUCAUCAUCAAGUUAUUCAUAUCCGCAUAAAACUUCAACCUCAUUAACCGGUGGUUAUUUAUAUCCAACUUCGAAUGGAACUUUAACACUUUAUAGUCAUCAUCAUCAUCAUCAUCAUUCAGAUAAUGAAAUCUUACUUCAAUUAAACGACAUUGAUCGGGACAAUGAUGAUGAUGACGCCGACGACAAUGAUCUAUCUAAUCUUGUUCAUCAUCAUCAUGGAAUGUUCGAUGAGCCUCAUCAACUAUGUGCACAUAAUGACUCGACAUCAUCAUCAUCAUCCAUAUUGCGUACGGUAUUGAAAAGACCUAUCGUUGACAUGCAUAAUCAACAGGUGUAA